UUUUAUUUACAAGUCGAUUUUUCAAGAAUGCAGGUUGCAAAUCUUAUCGUAUAUCAUAUUUCAUACCUCCUAGGCAUAGUCAAGCUGGUUUCUUGUGGUGCAAGAAUCAGCAAUGGAUAUCUCAUAGACAUUGAACAGGCUCCGUACAUGGCUAGAGUUGGAAAUGGUUAUGGUAAAUGUGGAGGAUCGAUUGUGAGUAGUCAGUUCAUUCUCACGGCUGGACAUUGUGUGAGUUUUGAUUUCGAGCAUUCAACUCCGAAAGUGAUAGAUCCAGAAAUGUUCGACAUACGUGUUGGAUCAGCAUACUCGGAUGAAGGUGGCGAGCUAUAUAAUGUCGAAGCUGUAUAUGCUAAAUUUGAGAAUGGCGGCAAUGACAACGACAUCGGAAUGCUCAAACUGAAAAAACCAAUUUCUUUAGAUGGUUCCACCAAAAAAACCAUUAAAUUGCCUCGCACCACUUCAUAUUAUCCAAAAGACGAUACAGACGUUUAUAUUCAAGGUUUUGGAACUAAUCCGAACAAUCCUGACACCUACCAAAUGUCUAGAGCAAAUUCGCACACUAUAACUACAGAUCAGUGCAAUAAUGAACUGAAAGGUGAAGCCGGAGUAACUAAGGAGAGGCAAAUUUGCGCUAAAGGAGACAAUGAUGAAUCAGGACCGUGUGCAGGUGAUUCUGGAAGUCCUUUGGUCACCAGAGAUCGUAACCCCACUCAAAUUGGAGUGGAUUCCAGAGGUCCAGGCGGUUCUAGGGAAGACUGUAAAAAUCAAGGAGGCGGUCAACCGUCCGUUUUUACUAGCGUUUCUGGAAACCUAGAUUGGAUAAAAGGUGUCAUGAAUGGAUCAGUUAAGCCAAAUUCUCCAGGAUCUACUGCUGAAAAUCCUUCAGGUCCUGAAACUAAAUCCGAAACAGAAGCAAAAGAUUGCCAUAAAAAUUCGAAACCCACACCUAAGCCGACGUGCCAUACCCACAGUGACUAAGAUUUAAUUUCAUUUUAAAUUUUGCUUUCGAGUUUGGAAAAUUUAACCAAUUACAUUACGUGUUGCCUGACCUUUAGUUUUUUCGACUACUUGACACUAUAGAG